AUGUCCGGGUCCAACACCAUCUGCACGGCGACGACAGGGAUGAUCCCCAUGCAAGAGCCAAUCACCAAGUUCUCUCUAGAUACGGCGGCCGGUCUGGUCGGCGUGACUGCGGAGUGCCAAGGUGGUAAAUGCAAGUCCGUGGCCUUUGAAAAUGUGCCCGCCUUCGUGGACCGGUUCGAUCUGCAGGUCGACGUCCCGGGGAUCGGGACCGUUUCCGCCGACAUUGUCUGGGGCGGAAUGUGGUACGCGAUCGUGGACGCGGCCUCUGUCGGGAUGACCAUCGAGCCGAGCAAGGCGCGAAGCUGGUGGAGCUUGGCGAAAGGAUCAAGUCAGCCUUGA